AUUGUAUAACAUGGAAAGGAUGCAGUUUUGCAGUUGCAGUUAUGUAACAUAAAUAAAUAGUCUGUAUUAUUGAUGUGGUGCUCAUCUGAGAUUGCUUUACUACAAUGUCUAAAGAACUGCUCAUAGUCUUUGUCUACGAUUGUGAGCGUUGUCAACGGGAAGAAGAUGAUCCACAAGAUGCAGUUGUUUAUUUCUAUCCAAGUUGGGUCAGCGAACAGCAACGCCACGCUUUGUGUGGACAGCUUAUUGGAGUUAGUCAGUGCCUAGGCUCUAUGUUUUCAUCACCUAACAUUUUGGCCUUGCAAACUGGAAAGUUUGCAAUAAAACCGAUUGGAAGAUUUAUAUUGUGUGUUGGAACUGACCGCAACAUCCCUGACAUUGUCCUAGAUACAAGAAUAAACACACUUUUCCGUCUACUCAGGUUUUAUCACAAAGACUUUGAAACUAUAUCAAUAAAAGCAGAAAGUGAGUUUUCAGAAAAGUUGAACCAGAUAUUUGAAACAUAUCUGCCAAUUCUGCAAUAUUCUAGCAAUAUUUUUGGCAACAUUACUACUUUCAAUUUACCAAAGAGUGCCAGUAGCGUAUUUUUGGAAGCUAUGCAGAUACUACAGUGUUUUCAAGACAAGGAAGGUGUCAUGGGUGGAGCUUUACUAUACCAAAACAAAGUAGUUGCUUCACAACUGAGUGCAAAACUAACAAAACUCCUAGUCAUCUCUGAUCCUUAUAGAAUAAAGUUGCCGGGAGCGAGUGUAAGCACUCAGUUCCGUCUGCCGGUUGGUGUCCAGCUGUUGACAGUGUUUGUAGAACAGCUGGAGGUGCAGAUGUUGGCCGAGGAAUCAUCUCAGUUGAGUGCAGCACUCAGAGCCACCAAGCUGCGACGGGAGAGCACUGCGGGAAAGGAUAAAGGUGCGAUGAAAAAUAACAACAAAGAACCUCCUAUAGGUUCCACAUUCGGCAUGAAGCGAGAUGUUUCCAUGAUGUUCACUACAGUUGUGGAGGAGGCAGAGGGUGAAGUGGAGAGGGAAAAAGUUCCAGAUGUAGUGAAAGACGCAGUAAAGGCUCGUAAAGCAGCUAGACUGCUGUCUGUGGCUCCGUCUGGAUUUGUUGUUCCCGAUCCAACCAAUGACAACAUCAGCACAUGUCGUACUACUGACGACAUUCCUUUUAAUGAAGACAAUAAAAUCUGUGUAAGGUAUCUCAGUUUAGGAGUGGCAAAUUCAGUUCGUGAAGAAGAAGAGAAACAAACAGUUAUGAAGUAUUGCAACACAAUAGCUGAUCCUUCCUUUCCACUUUUUCGACGAAACGGACUCCCAGCCUCACAAGCUCUCUAUGACACUCGCGUUACAAGACAUUACAGACAGCUUUCACAGGAAACAACAAAAGAAAAAAAGCCUCGACCUAAGAGUUUCGCCUUGGGUUUUGGCGAGAAUACUCGGAGCAAGAAGGAACGUGUGAGACGAGCACUCAACCUGCCACUAGGCCCGUCCAACACUGACACCCAGGAUAUGGUCCCAAUGAUUGAACUGAGAUCAAAAAAACCAAAUAUCUCGAUUCCAUUGACUCCAUUAAUGGCCAAGCUGAGUCUGUUGGCAAUGGAGCAGAGAGUGGGGGAGAUUCCCACACCUGCGGACAAGGCCGCCAACCCUGCCACACCUCUGGUACCAACACAACCAUUUAGAAAGUCCCGGGCCGAGAGAGAAAGGGAGAAACGAGACCUUGAACCUGUGGAAGAAAACGUGUUGUACGUCUGUGGGUACCAAGACAUGACUCUCCUGUUGCUCUUGGACUCCACCACUAGCCAGGACCCUGAUCAGAUCCAUUCUCUGUGGGAGACUAGUGUGAGUGCUCUGAGUGAGAUAGAGACACAUCUCCACCACUGUCUAGAGCAUGGAGUAGCCAGUGGGGGUGGUGGGGCCUGUGAGUCCUAUUGCUACCUCACCGUGGCCCCCCAGUGGGGUACCACCCAGCGAGGUGGUGUGUGGGCGGGACCUGACUUGGAGCUGUUGACCGACCUUCAUAACCAGUUCAACACCAGGUCGGACAUCACCGAGACAAUUGUUAGAGCAAACGACAGUAUAACUUUCGGCUACAACUGUGGAGGAAUGCAGGUGUUCUACCACCAGCCUUGUAGUGGCGCUGUGUUGGCAGGAUUGCCUGCUCCCUCAGAUCUCAUGGGGGUGGUAGCACUGAAGGCCAAGCGUCGUCUGGAGAGGGACCAUAGCAUUGUCUUGUUGUAAGAUUGAUUAUGAACAAAACAAUUAAGAAGAUUAUGUGAAUCGUGCUGAAGCAAAAAAGAAGAUUCAUCAUCCAGGCUAGAAUUGGAAAAUUAUUACAGUCAAAAAUUGGAUUUUGUCUUGUAAGUUGGGAUUACUAAAAGCGCAGUGUAUGAUGUGAUAAUAAUAGGCUAUAUUUCCUAAGCUAAGUUACAAGUGUAAGAUUGUUGUAAGUGUUACAAAUUGUUUUAACCCGGAAUAGUUUAUUUAUAAAGCUUUAACUACUUGUAGAAACAAUUUCAUGAUAAAUUAUUGAAGAAAUGUGCAAGUGUUCAUCACACACAUUAGUGGUAGAAAAUGUUUGAAAUGUUACAAGAAUAUUCUGAAAGUAAUCAAAAUAUGUCUAAUAACACUCUUGAAACAUAUAUUUUUACUUAUACUGUUAACUCGCAAGGCUUUACAUAUUACAAAAGAUGGUAAGGUGUGAUUGAUUUCAAUUGGACACUCAAGACCAAUCAUCAGACCCAUAGGUGCUUACUGCGUCUGAUCAUGGUUGCGCCAUCUUUUAUAUGUACUGUAUUUACCGUCUUGUCAGUUAUCAGUAUCUUCUUCUUAUAUAUUACAGGGAUUUUUUAUUUCACAAUUCUGAAUCAACCACUUGACAGAUUUUGUGUUAAAAGAAAGAUAAUUUUAAGAGGGAGAGGAGAGAAUGUUGAAGUUGUUUCAGUGCUGGUUUAACUGACAGAUGGUUUCAAACAUUCAUUGGAAUGUUUAUUUUACAAGAUAUUAAAAGUUAUGCCUACAUACUAUUUCACUUAAAAACAUAUUUUUUUCUUACUGUAAAGGAUCUGCGUUUUUAGGAAAUGUGUGAUUUUUAGCAACACAUCUCAAACAUUUGUGUAUAAUCAAGUUUCGUCGUAACUGCAAUCUGUGUAAGUAUAAGUUUAUGUCAUUAACUAAAAUUUUAACUCACGCUAAAAUAUUUUACUAAGCAAACUAUCGCUUAACCGUUUAAGUAGUUUAUGUGUUGAUACUUCUUUUCUUGAUGUUUAAAUGUGUGUUUGUCGGCAUACCAAAAAAACCAAAAUUAUUGUUAGUAAUUAAAAUGUCAACCGGUUUAGCCGGUCUCUAGAAAACUGCCAAAUUAGCUGCAGGAUGUCAGUAGAAACCAAAAUUGAUUCAGGGUGCUUUCCAAAAGUAAAAGGCUCGGAUGCAGGCUAUGCGUGGUGGAGACGACUUUAAAACAUGUAUUCCAAGGAGUACUACAAGGUAGACAACCACUUGGAAGACCAAGAAUGAAGUGGAAAGACCAAGUAAUGAAAUACAUCUCCAGACUAGGAUCUACAUUAGAAGAGGCAGGGGAUAAAAGAGAAUGGGAAGCCAGAAUCCCCUUAAGAUUUCAGUGGCCAUGGAGGUAUAGUAAGGUACCUCAGAUCAAGUACGAUAAGGUACGGUAAGUAUCUAAGCUCAAUAUCGUAAAACACGAUGGAUUUUAUUCGAUAAAUAUUAUGUUUAGAGCACUUUUUCAAAACAUGUCAUCGGCAACAUUAAGAGAGCAGUUUUGUCCAUCGAUUUAAGAAUUAUGUAAAUACAUUUCAUAUAGUGUUAUCACACACUGGGUUGAGAAUGGUUCUCGAUGAAUGCAGAGGCUGUAGAUUUCGCGAGGUGGGAUCACCGGGUGCGGAAGUGAUUUAUAUUCGCAACUGUUAAUGAGAUGAAGCUCUAGCUUGAGCCGUUACCACACACUCGGUCCAACACCUGUGUAUAAUACACAUCGCUGUAUAUUGUAUAGUUAUACAACUCGCAUUCGUCUUAGUAUAUUUUGUAUGGAAAACCUGGUUGAAACGUUAUUGUACAUUAUGUUGUCCCAAAAGUGUGUAUAAUAUACUUUCACUAUUGUAUAGUCCUACAGUUAAGCUUCUCCUAUUUGUUCUAUGUAUUUUUUAUUUGUUCUAAUGUACAACUGUCAAUGAUUGCAAUCUAAACAUACAGGAUGUGUAAAACUCUGCUGUAUAUCACGAGAGGCGAGUAAACAAAUCAGGUGAUUUGAGUGCUACAUGUUUCGCUCACGACUAUGGGUUGUAAAAUAUUGGUGUGCAGCUACUGUACUCAAGACCAGUGUGUGUGAAUUGGCCGCCAAUCUCACUUCAAGGCUUUUCAAAUCAACACAAUUGCUAUUUUAUUUUAAAAUUAUCAGAUUUAAAAUGCAUAUUGUAUAGGCGUAUAAUCUGAUUUAAGAUAUAGGUGGUCACAAGACAUUUGUUUAUGAGAUGAUUUUCCCCAUUAAAACUGCCAGCAUUUGUGUACGAGUGUAAACUAGCUGUUCUGAAUUAUAUUCAGUUUUAAUUACUACUCGAUUCCCGUACGUAGGAUGGGCCAACAAAUUGUACGGGUAAAUAUAUGUUUCACAGAGUGUUAUUGUUAUUAGAUUAUAUUCAGUUUUAAUUACUACUCGAUUCCCGUACGUAGGAUGGGCCAACAGAUUGUACGAGUAAAUAUAUGUUUCACAGAGUGUUAUUGUUAUUAGACAUAUUUCCAUUCACAGUACUUUCUCUAAAUUUAAUAACAGGUACAAUGCAUAUCAAAAAGCUAUUUAAAAGGAAAUAGCGAUGUGGCAGAGAUUGUUCUACGUGCAUAAUGCCGUUACCAACUAAAUGCUUUCCAUUACAAUGAUUAUUCUAUUUGUAAGGUUAUGAUUAGGGCCAAAUGUUUACUCAAACAAAACUUCACAGUAUCUAGGUAUUUGUCAGUUGUGCAGCCUUUUCAUCUCAUGUCAAUCUGUCUUUACCUUUGUUUAACAAUUAAUUUUGGGUCCUAAGUUUGGAUCCAUUAUUUACGUAUCACAAGUCCCAUUGUUUAAUUUUUUGUUCAAUCUUUCUCACUAACAAUUAAUUGUCAUUGGGCAGUGAGAAAGAUUGAACAAAAAAUUAAACAAUGGGACUUGUGAUAAGUAAAUAAUGGAACUUUGAGAACUUGUUUUAUAUUUUUUGCCCAUUAAAAUUUUGGCGAUCUGGGCUACAGCCUAGUCAGCUCAUAUACGAAAUUGGGCCUGAUGAAGCCACAAAAAGAUUAUCAAUGCUGUCCAACAACAAGGUGCCCUAAAUUACGGAUAUUUCCUGCUGUUGAAAAAAAAGGCAAACAUAGUUGAUAUUUUGAAAAAUAAAUGUGUUGUUAAAGAAAUGAUUGGAAUUAGAAUGAAAAAAAGGUGCUUUUUUCUAAGUCAGAAACAAACAAUGCUUUUAAAACAUAAUUAGUAUAGGUUGAAGUAGAUUUAUUUUAAUUUGUAAUUUUGUACACCAAAACCGUGCUGCUCCAGCAAUUGUAACACUGAAGCUAUGUAUUAGCUAAACAUAGAACUAUAGGUACCGUACUUAAAUUAAAUUAUGUUUAGAGGUAAGGAUAGUAGUGUAAUUGUAGAAACAGUAAGAGAGCACUCUUAUUAUCAUACAACUUAUUUUUAAAGAGAUUUAAAGAGAGGGUAUAGAUUACUCUAUUCUUAAUGAAGCUAUGGGCUGCCUCACAAGAGUUGAUCUCAAGAUUGCUAACCAUACAAAUUUCACAUAUUGUGUGUAGCAAAAAAUGUAAAAUUUAAGAAACAAAAGUGUGUCUUAUUAACUUGCCUCCUACGAUAAAUAAAUUGAGGCGAUUUUGCAGGCAUCCAAGUUUUUCAAAGUCUGUACAUUUCUCAAAACAAAUUCACAUUUCAAAAUAAAAUAUUGAAAUUUGAAUAGGACUUUUCACUAACCUCUACUCACAAGAGAAUGUCCUAAAAUGGUUAUUUUGGUUGUAUUGCAUGAGCUCAAAGUAUAGCAUGCAAUAGGCAUCCAUCGUAAUAGGAACACAUUUUAUUGGAAUUUGUAUCGAAUGCUUUGGGUUGAUGAUUGUCUCAUGGGCUGGUUGUUUUAUCUAGAUGUCUACUUCCCUGUUAGUGUUGUCUGAUUUUUUUUAUCAAGGCAAUCAUGGAGUUUGGUACCAUUUGUGAAAUGCUUGAUUGAUUGACUUCAGAUAUUUAUUUGAUUUGCUGUAAAAAGGGGUUCUUAAAGGAGACAUGGGAAUGGGGUAGAGUUACAAAACAUAAGACAAUGUGCCAAAUUAAGUUUUGUAAACACAUUUCCUUUUGCUUAAACACUUAUUCUUAUUGAGUAUACUUAAGUUGCACUGUGAUAUGAAUUACAUUUUAUUAAGUUUUCGAGAUUACCAGUUAGUUAUAAGACAUAUUAUUAUUAUUGCAUUAGAUAGGUGCUAAUACUAUCACAGACCAUAAAUAAAGUUGAACAGAGUACCCACAGAUUGAACACUUUUGAAACUUGUAAACACCAAUGAAGUGUUUAAAAACGAAACUUAUAACAGAUAAUUUUUUUAUGUUAUUUAAUUAUUUAUGUAAUAUGGAAAUCCAAGUAUCCUGUCACACACUUCUCUGUAUUUUUCGGCCGAGGACAGGUUGAUUUUUCUUUAUUUCUGAGCUUACAAGCUAGUCCUACUAAAAGUUUGGGAUUUCCAUUGUUACAUGCUCAUCAGAGCAGUGUUUAUUUGCCCAGUUCGGAGACGAUGACGUUAAGACUAUAAAGGUUUAGUUACGGAAUUAACUCUUUGGUGAAACCCACAAUCCUAAUAGUCUACUGCUCAUAAUGUACAAGACCUAAAUUCUCUAUUUAUGGACUGUGUCUAGUAUAAUCUAACUGUGCUAGUUUGUUAGUGAUGUAGUAACAAUAACUGUGUUGUAAACAACAUUUACCUACGAUCGUUUUUUUCAAACUAGCUUUUUCAGUUUGAUUUUUAGAAUCAAAAAGAUUCACUUUACCACAUGGUUUGCUUUCUUUACAGCCCUAGUGCAAUAAAAAGGACCAAUUGGGUUCAAGGAUUAAGAGAAAAUAAGUAAAAUGUUAAUGCUUUGAAUGGCAAUUUAUCAACUGGUAACAAACAAUUCAAUUGUUGAGCUGCUGACUUCCUCUGGAAACUCACACAUUCCUUACUUAUCCUAAGAGAACUAAAUGAUUUGCUAACCAACAGUUACAGGAAGGUUUAUUAAAAGAUUUUGAAAAUGCAAGAUUGUUCUUGAACGGUUUCAAUACAUUCAGUAUUGCUAAAAAAUUACAUUUAGCCUACUUGUACUUGAGAGGUUACCUAUGGUAAUAAUGCUGCUAGCAUUACCUGUUACCUGAAAAAAGUAACCAAAAGAGUAAAGGUAAUACAGUUUUACGAACAUAAUUAAUAAACGGUCAUAGGUAAGUUGUGUAAGCAACUUGCGUAAUUAGCUUUUACGACACUUGUAGUAGUUAUAAGGUAAAAAUCUACUUGUUUCUUAGGACUAUGUUUACGCAAUUGUUGCAUAAACUACUAUUUCCUGUGUUCUAUUUAUUCCACAGUUUAGUUAUAAGAACUGUUCAUUUGCAUUUAUAAAAUUUAACUACGAGUACCUUUUAUUGUAAUAUAUUUUACAUAUUAGUUUUACUUAUUAGUUUUUGGUUUUUGACAUUUAAAAAAUGUGGACGUGGAACUUUUUUAUAUUUUAGAAAAAUAAAUUUAUAUUUUA